AUGUUACACUUCCAACCCUCACCCAGAGAGACACAAGUCUCUGCCUCACCCAGAGACACAAGUCUCUGCCCCACCCAGAGAGACACAAGUAUCUGCCCCACCCAGAGAGACACAAGUCUCCGCCCCACCCAGAGACACAAGUCUCUGCCCCACCCAGAGACACAACUAUCUGCCCCACCCAGAGAGACACAAGUAUCUGUCCCACCCAGAGACACAAGUCUCUGCCCCACCCAGAGAGACAAGUCUGCCCCACCCAGAGACACAAGUCUCUGCCCCACCCAGAGACACAAGUCUCUGCCCCACCCAGAGAGACACAAGUAUCUGCCCCACCCAGAGACACAAGUAUCUGCCCCACCCAGAGAGACACAAGUAUCUGCCCCACCCAGAGACACAAGUCUCUGCUCCACCCAGAGAGACACAAGUAUCUGCCCCACCCAGAGAGACACAAGUCUCCGCCCCACCCAGAGACACAAGUAUCUGCCCCACCCAGAGAGACACAAGUAUCUGCCCCACCCAGAGACACAAGUCUGCGCCACCCAGACACACAAGUCUCUGCCCCACCCAGACACACAAGUCUCUGCCCCCUCCAGAGACACAAGUCUCUGCCCCACCCAGAGACACAAGUCUCUGCCCCACCCAGACACACAAGUCUCUGCCCCACCCAGACACACAAGUCUCUGCCCCACCCAGACACACAAGCCUCUGCCCCACCCAGAGACACAAGUCUCUGCCCAACCCCCCACCCAGAGACACAAGUCUCUGCCCCACCCAGAGACACAAGUCCCUGCCCCACCCAGAGACACAAUUAUCUGCCCCACCCAGAGACACAAGUCCCUGCCCCACCCAGAGACACAAUUCUCUGCCCCACCCAGAGACACAAGUAUCUGCCCCAUCCAGAGACGCAAGUCUCUGCCCCACCCAGAGACACAAGUCUCUGCUCCACCCAGAGAGACACAAGUAUCUGCCCCACCCAGAGACACAAGUCUGCCCCACCCAGAGACACAAGUCUCUGCCCCACCCAGAGACACAAGUCUCUGCCCCACCCAAUGA